AUGAAUGUUGUUACAGUGGGCGGCAACCCAGUUUCCGCGUUUCUGUCAUGGAGGCUGCAAGCGACAAAUGCCUGCGACGUCACCCUCGUCUGGAAGACUGGCUUUGAGCAUGUGUCGCAAUACGGAAUAUCUUUCAAGUCUCCAAUUUUUGGCAAUGAGCGGUUCAAGCCUCGACAUGUCGUGCGUACCCCAGAAGAGGCGGCGUUUCGCCGAGACGGCGCGUUUGACUACGUUAUCCUUUGUAUAAAAGCUCUUCCGGAUGUCUACGACUUGGCCUCGGUUAUCGAUUCCGUCGUUACGCCCCAGCAUACAUGCAUCCUCGUCAACACGACGCACGCUCUUGGGCUCGAGUCUGCAAUUGAAGAGCGGUUCCCCACCAAUGUGGUGCUUUCUCUUGUGUGUGGUGCCGAGCUCGCCCAGCUCGGCGCGAGCGAAUUCGAACACAAGGGCUCUACGGAAGUGUGGGUUGGGGCCGCCAACAAGAACCCCAACAUCCCGCCUACGAUACAGGAGGACAUGGCGCAGGCUCUGGCUAUGACAUUGAGUACCGGCCAAGUCGACUGCAAGGUCUCGCCGAACAUUCGCCAGCAGCAGUUCGAGAGGGUAAUAGGCCCGAUUGCCUUCCACCCCCUGACGGUCAUUUAUGAAACACCGAACUAUGCUGCGCUUCUGGAGAAAGUCGGCGUACCUAAGCUUGUCUCAGGCAUCUUGGAUGAAUUGCUCGCUUUGGCGGAAGCCCAGGGCUGCAAGUUUCCACCCGACUUCAAGCAAAACACGCUCGAUGAGUUCGCAAGGUCGAGCGCCGAGAACAUUAUGUGGCAGGACUACAUGGCGAGGCGACCCAUGGAAGUAGAGACUUACCUGGGCGCACCGCUUAGGUUAUCCCAGGACACCGGGCUUAGCGUGCCGCGAGUAGAGACGCUGUAUUCUCUCCUCCAUGACCGUAACAUGGUCAACCGCACCCGGCCGAAGAUUGACGCUUCUGUGGCAGCGCCAGCUCAGCCAGGAUCGCCCUCUGCCACUCCAUUCUCGGUUCCUCGUAUGUCGGCUCAAGGCCCUACUCGGCCUGGCGCCAAUGGGAUUCCGAACGGAAACGGCAUGCCUCCGCGGCCAAGGCCAAGAGGGCCCUCUGGCAUGGGGCCACCAGGACCGGGAAUGCGACGUCCUCCACCAAGCAUGAAUGGAGGCCCACCGAACGGCUAUCCAAGACCGCCCCCAAAUGGGCGUCUGCCGUCAAGAAGGUCUUCCAUGGAAGGCGGGGAUUUGGAAGACUUCAGUCACCUGGUGCUUUACGAUGAUAUCCCCGAGGGAGGAGAGGCUGGCUACGGACAGCCGCCCCCCCACGAUAUGCUGCUGAGAGAGAAGGAGCUGCAGCUGCGGCAGCGAGAACUUGCAUUAAGGGAGCAAGAGUUGAAAUUAAGACGAGCCGCCGCUGGUGCCGGUUCUGGGCCAAGAAGACCACCUCCCCCACCCUCGCGGGCUGGUGGUGGCGGUUUUGUUGACGACGACGACGAAGAUGACGACUUCUUCGACGCCAUGCCAUCAUCGAGCGCGUCCAUGAUUGACCCCGAUAACUUCGACAUGAUGAGCGUUACCUCGAGGAAGAACCGUAAAGCGCCGAGCACCAGUGCGUCACAGUUCCGCAAAAACCCUGAACAGGACACCGGUCCGCCGCGCAGCAGGUUUCGGCCAAGCUUUGGGAGGAACCAAUCGCGAUCGAGUCAAAUCAUGAGUACCAUUCCCAGCCUACAUGAAGAUAUCAUGGACGAUCCUCUCCUGGGCUUCACUUCGAACCGGUACGGUACCGUGGACCGGGGGGCGAUGCAUGCUGGUUCGAGGGCGAAUUCUCUCACGGCCGCGCGCCUUGACGAACUCCAAUACAACCAAGGGCCGCCACCAAUGGGUAUGAAUGGCAGUGGCCCUCGACGGGCGAGUCAGUCGCCGGGGAACCCGUACAGCCCGUCGAUCCGCGGCGGGCCGAACGGACGCCCGUCCCCGCCAAACGGCUAUGCGGGUCCGCCGCAGAUGAACGGGCGACCAUCGCCUCCGGAGGGCAUGCGGCAGCCGAUGCCGCGCUACCCGCCGGGCCACGGCAACGUGGUCGCGCCGCAGCAGGUCGAGCAGCACGCUGGAGUGAGCUCCCUCCUCCCACCCAAGACGAAGAGUUCGCGAAGUCUGACCGGCAGUGCGAGCGCCAGCGCGGGGAGUGGUGACUCUACCAAUAUCGACUCAGAGCCGUCGGCGCACAGCAGUCAGAGCAGUCUAGGCCCCCGCCCACCAAUUGGCGUUCGCUGA